AUGGUGAUCGGCGGCGGCGGCGGCUUGAUGCGGAAGCUUUGCCCGAACCUCGACAAAGAAGACGGCUUGGAGACGGUGCUUGAGGUGCCCAUACCGGAGGAGAUGUUCAACAAGAUGGGCAGCAACGCCGCGCUUAGGUGGCACAACAUGCGCAACCUCAUGCGGGCCCACCACCACCGCACGGCGGCCGCCACCGACCGGUGGGCUGCCGUCACCACCGCCGCCUCCUCUUCUGCCGCCGCCAACGACCAAUUCCUCCUCCUCCUCAAGCUCGUCGGCUCCGCCUUCAUACCCCACCGCGUCCAGCUCGACCGCACCAUCACCAAACCCGUCAAAGACGGCUCCAUUGAAGCCUCGACAGCGAAGUACAUAGUGCAGCAGUACCUGGCGGCCACGGGAGGGCUGGCCGCGCUCGACUCGGUCAGCAGCAUGUACGCGGUGGGGCAGGUGAAGAUGGUGGUGUUGUCCGACUCGAUGGCGCACAACAACUGUGAGGCGGGUGGGGUGAAAAGGAGCAACUGCGAGGCGGGUGGGUUCGUGCUCUGGCAGAAGAACCCCGACUUGUGGUACCUCGAGCUCGUCAUCUCGGGACACAAGAUCAGCGCGGGUAGCGACGGCAAGAUCGCGUGGAGUCAGUCUUCUUCGAACUCGAACGCUUCGAGGGGGCCGCCCAGGCCCCUCCGAAGGUUCUUUCAGGGCCUAGACCCCCGAUCGACGGCCAACCUCUUCCUUGACACGGUGUGCAUCGGGGAGAAGAUGGUCAACGGGGAGGAUUGCUUCAUCCUGAAGCUCGACGUUGGCCCGGACGUCCUCCGGGCCCACGGCACCCCCAACACUGAGGUCGUGCGCCAUGCUAUAUGGGGCUACUUCAGCCAGCGCACGGGCCUCCUCGUGCAGUUUGAGGACACAAAGCUUAUACGCAUCAAGGGCUCGUCGUCUGGGUCGUCUGACGAGAGCGUGUUCUACGAGACGAGCAUGGAGUCGGUGCUCGAGGACUAUCGGGCUGUGGAUGGGAUUGCCAUAGCGCAUGCCGGGAGGACUAACGCGUCUCUCUAUAGAUACGGGAAGCAGAUGAAGAGACGGUGGGCGAUAGAGGAGACGUGGAGGAUCGAGGAGGUUGAUUUCAACAUAUGUGGCUUGUCGAUGGACUACUUUUUGCCUCCGGCCGAUGUUAGAAAGGCCGACGAUGGAGAAGACAAUGGGAUAUGA